AUGCCAGCUGCCCAAUUGGGUAAAGGUCAAUUUCAACGUCUGAAAGAGUUCCACUCUCACUGCUUUUGAUGAUGCUUGUGCAUAUGGAUACAGUAGGGGUUCUUUAUUCCAGCCCUGCCUUAUGUGAAAGAGAAUUAUUCCAGCUUGCCCUUUGUGAAAGAGAAUUGCAACCUUGCUUUAUCGCCUUCUGGGGCAUCUUAUUUUCAGGCAAAGCCAAAGACCAAACCAGUCAUCUUCUUGCCCAUAAAAAUGGUUGCUGUCUUCAACAAAGAACUACUGAGUUGGUACCUCAUCACCCUGAAGCUCAAAGAAACUCUGGAAGCAAAAAUCCACAACUCUCAAAGUCCCACCGGAACCCGAUCGAUCGAAUUCCCAGAACAGCCAUCUGCCCCUCUGCAAGUCACUAUCAAAGCCGAUGCCGAGAAUGCGGAGAAGGGGCCAAAGGCCCCGUCAUCCGAGUGGCUGAUCAGCAUCAGAGACAAGCUUGAGCAAGCCAGCCACGAGGACUCGGCCGGUGUCUGGGAAAAGCUUUGCAUCUACAGAGUACCUCAGUAUUUCCGAGAAGGCACCGAUGACAGAGCCUUCAUCCCCCAGGCCGUCUCCCUGGGGCCUUACCACCACGGCAGGAGGCGCCUCCGCAACAUGGAGCACCACAAGUGGCGAGCCCUCUACCACAUCCUCGAGCGCAGCCGCCAGGACAUCCAGCUUUAUCUAGACUCCAUCAGAGAGCUUGAAGAAAAGGCCCGGGCUUGCUAUGAAGGCCAGAUCCCUCUCGGCAGCAACGAGUUCAUUGAAAUGAUGGUGCUGGAUGGCUCCUUCGUCCUCGAGCUCUUUCAAGGCGCCAUUAAAGGGUUCGAGCAGCUCGGCUACGCCCGGGACGACCCGAUCUUCGCUAUGCGUGGAUCGAUGCAUUCCAUCCAGCGGGACAUGAUCAUGCUCGAAAACCAGCUUCCCCUCUUCAUCCUUGACCGGUUGUUAGGCCUCCAGUUUGGCCAACCGAAGCAGCGAGGCUUUGUGGCGGAGUUAGCUAUCCAAUUCUUCGACCCGCUAAUGCCAACCGAUGAGCCAUUAUCAAAAGGCGAGAGGAACAAAUUUGAAUCAUCCGUCGGCCAUGAGACUCCAUUUGAUCCACUCUCCGAUCCGGGCGGCCUCCAUUGCCUCGACGUUUUCCACCGCAGCCUCUUGCGGAAAGGGCCUAAACCGGAACCCAGAUUUUGGAUCAGGCGAUGGUCACAGACAAGAAGAGUAGCAGACAAGCGCAGGCAGCAGCUGAUUCAUUGCGUCUCGGAGCUGCGAGAAGCCGGGAUCAAGUGCAAGAAAAGGAAGACCGAUCGGUUCUGGGACAUAAAAUUCAAAAACGGGAUUCUUAGGAUUCCCCGGCUCGUGAUCCAUGAUGGCACCAAAUCCCUCUUCCUUAACCUCAUUGCAUUCGAGCAGUGCCAUCUGGAUUGCUGCAACGAGAUAACCUCGUACGUGAUCUUUAUGGACAACUUGAUCAACUCGGCGGCGGACGUGGCGUACCUCCACUACCAGGGCAUCAUCGAGCACUGGCUCGGCAGCGACGGCGAGGUUGCAGAUCUCUUCAACCACCUAUGCGAAGAGGUGGUUUUCGACAUCGACAGUUACCUCUCGCCGUUGUCGGAGCAGGUGAACCGGUAUUACAACCAUCGGUGGAACGCUUGGCGAGCCAGCUUGAAGCAUGUCUAUUUCAAUAAUCCUUGGGCUAUCGUCUCCUUCGUUGCUGCUGUGGUGUUGUUGGUGCUUACUGCGGCUCAGACUUUCUAUGGUGUUUACGGCUACUACAGGCCCCCUUGAUGGAUUCCCAUUUCCGACGACCUCCUCCCCCCCAUCCGUGCUGUAGUGUUGAGUUUAUCAAGAAAAUAUAAAAAGAAAGAAAGAAAGGUAUUAAGCAGUGUGAACAAAGUGGUGGGUGGUGGACUCUGGCGGAAUUUCCGAACCGUUCCUGUGUUGGAAAAGACGGAGACCUAAAAUUUUUUGGGUCAUUUUUAUAAUUUAUAAAAUGUUUCGGGAACAUUUAGCAAAUUACAAAAAUUUAUGAUAAACACAUUUUCGA